CCGGGAGAGCAUGUUGCAAGCCACACCAACGGCCAUUCGCUGGUAACAAUUGAGAGCUGUCAGACGGUGCCAGUAAAUCUCGCGACGUUCAACGAUGGCCUGGAUAAGGAUCGUUCUUUCGCGCUGCGUUCAUUCUCCACAUGCAUCUCAGGCUUACCACUGAAGAGAUCCACUAAGGCUCUUGUUGCUACAUCGUCGCAUUCACGCACUAUACAGUAUCAUGGCUGCAUCUGAGAGGACGACUCAGAGCAUACUCAAGAAGACUUUUGUUGAUCCUUUUCGGCUGCAAAAGUUGCGGCGCAAGUCCACCGCGCCCACGACCACGCCCGCCAGUCCGCCGGCAACACCCGAUCAGGAUGAUCCACUGGCAGCCUUACCCUUACUGCAGUAUGGCUCUCUAGACCCAAAUAAGAAGAGCGUCAGGCUUUUGGAAAUACUGCCAGCGCCUGAUCACGAGCCCAUUCAGGCCACACUCUCUGUCUGUGACUUGGACGAUAAGCCCACUUUCAUCGCGCUAUCCUACAUGUGGGACAAAGCUGGCGAGAAGAAGUAUAUUGACAUCCAAGGAUCAAAGUUCGCCGUCGGGGAAAGCUUAUGGAACUUCAUACAGCAAUACCGCAGGAAGCAGUACCUCCGGCAAUGCUGCGAGAAAGAUCCAGGCAAGGCGAUACCCCUAUGGAUUGAUGCUAUCGCAAUUGAUCAGACCAACAUACCGGAGCGCAAUCAUCAAGUAUCGCUCAUGCGCGAUGUAUACACUGGGGCGCAAUCCGUCAUAGUGUGGCUCGGACUGCCCCAAGGAUAUGAAGAGUUGGCUUUUAUGCUUGCGCGGCAUCCAGACCUUCUCAGAGUUGAAGAGUUUCAUACUGCACUGGCAGAUAUCCUCAACAAGCCGUAUUGGAGUCGGGUGUGGGUGGUGCAGGAAUUCGUGCUGGCACAAUCGGUCGAAAUAUGGUGUGGAGAUCUCAGUGUGGGUGCUGCGACAGUCGAAAGCAUCUGGCGCGAUGGGCUUGCAUCAACACCAGUCGCAUCUCCAACAAGCAUGAUCUAUACAAGUCGCGGUUAUCUGCUAUUCAAGUACCGGAAAGACUUCAAACGCACGAAGCAAUACCGGAGAGAGAUGCUCGGUCGCCGCAACAGCAAGACACUAAAGUCGACAUUUCGCUUGCGCGAUCUCUUGCAAGCCUUUGCGUUAUCGGAGAGCUCUGUAGUGUACGACAGAGUCUACGGGUUUCUAGGAGUUGCAUCGACUGGCCGUGGAGAGAGGAUUGUACCUGACUACAACAAAGCACCUGUCGAGCUGCUCGUCGACGUGCUUCGCAACCAAUGUCACGAAGACCCUAGGAGAGGAGACUCAGACGACUAUCGCUUCUUGACGUUCCUCAUGCAAGCGCUAGGCGUCUCGCGCGAGACCCUCGCACAGCAUAUCCUAAAGCUGUGCCCGGAUCUGCAGCCACACCUCUACAUUGUGGCUGGUACGCCCUGCAUGACCGCCUCAGUUUCAUUCAUCAGUACGAUUACUGAAGUCGGUAAUUUUGUAGACCAUGACGAGGCCUUUCAACCAGGAACAUGGAAGGCGACUUGGACGCGUUCGAACAUGCAUCCCAGAUCCUUCUCGACCCAAGACAUCCAGGACCUCGGCGACUACGUCAUCAAAGGAGACACGCAAACAUUGCUCAGCUUUGCCGACCCUCAUGUAGCAUACGGAAACCCAGGCCCAACUGAAAAAGUACGGCAAGCUAUGAUAGAGGCGUCCGCGGAUUUGAUAAUCGAUGGCCUCUCGCGAGCGGUUGUCGAGCAAGGGCCAGACGCCGGCGCCAGCUCACAGCCUGGCGAUAGUAGUAGUAAAGUCAUACGCAACAUCAUCUCCCGGAGCAUGACGGACGACGCUGCAGCACUAUAUCUGGCUGCUAGGAGCAAACUGGCCCGGCGAAACACUGACCAACGACACGCACGAUACACAUCCUUCGUGGGCACCAACGGCAUCACUGGACUUGCUUGCGGAGGAGGUCCAGGGUCAUAUGAGACAGGAUCAGGCGACCGCAUCUGCAUGUUCUCUGGAGUCACCGAUGUGAACAACGCGUUCAUCAUUAGUCUCGAUUCUAGCGGGAAAUGGCUGAUAUCUGGCUUUGCGGUCAUACUGUUACCGGAGUUGCGCACUCCUUCAGUACUACGCAAAGGCACUGGGGUUGCGGCGAAGAAUAGUCAUGGCGCGAGUGCGCCAGGUAAGCAGCAGACACCGCUCAACGAUGUGACCAUGUGCUUUCACUGUCACUUGAGCGAUCUGCUUGAGCUUCAGCGCUGUCAACUGUUGAGCGACGUUCAGAUGAGCUUCUUGUUGGAGCAGACUUUGCAAGCUGAAGCAGAGGGAAUGGUUCACCGAUGCAUGCAAGGUACUGGAGCUCACGCUGUACUGGAAUUUGGUUUGUAAUAGAUUGUUACCAGUUGCGAGGUUGAUAAUACCCACAAAUAGUGCUCUUAAAUGAGAACGACAAUGUCAGAUGAUU